CAGAGCGAUGUAUAUACACCUGGUCGUCAGUAGAGGUGUAUCCCGUGUGCGCUUCAACACUUUAUUGCGUUACCGGUUCGCAUAUAACGAACGCGAAUACAUCCCACGCCGUGUGUGGGACACACGAGGAUGGGUGGUAACGUCCCACGUAUGAGCGUACGUGUGCAGAGGUUCGAAAAGUAGGGAUAUACCGGUGUUCUUCAGGCAUAAAAGGUCCAUGGUCCGCGUAUGUCAGUGUCAGUGAGAAAAAGAGAGAGAGAGAGAAAGAGAGAGACAGACGUGUGGUCACCUAGACUAGUGACGGCAAGUCACCGCUGGUGCCACAUCGACUCGCGAUAUCGAAUCGAAAACAUCGCGUCGGUCUUACGCGCGGAUUUGGAAGUCGUUCCGACCGAGUACUUUUCAUCGAAAGGAAAGAAGGGAGAGCGAGAGAGAGAAGAGGGAGUCAGAGAACGAGAGGGAGUGCUUUAAGUUUACGUUAGAGCGAGAAGCACGCGAGCAAGGAGCUCGUAUUUGACGCGAGCGAGAAAGUUCCGAGGCUCGUGUACAGAAGAAACGAGUUUGUAAACGAGGCCGGUCACAGAGCGGAGCUUCAGUUCUCGAUGAGCGAUACACGCGAGCGGUAAAGUUGCAGUGAUUAAAUAAUCAUGUAGGUGUGUGCGCGCGCGCGCGUAAGUGUGUGUUUCAAAAAAUAUCGCAUCUACGACGAUUACGAAUCUUUUGCACUCGUGUGAAAAUCAUUGUAAGGUAUUAAAGAUUAACGAAUUCAAGCAAUUCUAAGCGCGAUUGGAGGAGCGUCGCGAUGCCUAAUCACAAGAAGAGCGCGACGUCGAAGACGAAGAAUAAGGGGACCACGAGGAAUGAAGUGGCGACCACGUCCUCGGAUGUGGUGACGACCACGGAGACGGUUGAGGUUGUAUCCUCGACCAGCGUGGUCGAGGAGUCGAGACAAGUAACUGAAAGCGAGGUCAGAAGUAGCACGAACGAGGUCACGAGCAGCGGUCGCGAGAUCAUCAUGGAUUCUAAAGGUAACGUAAUCAAAGUUAUUGAAACAUCCCCGCAGAGAAUUCAGCAGAGCACGUCCAGCCAUAAACUCGGGAAGAGUUCUCAGGACUUUAUAGCCGGAGAACAGACGCAAUCGAUUAAGCAAGGGAAGACUUCACGCGAGGACGCAAAAUCUCUCUCGAGAGAAGAAUCGUCUGACCUGAUCGAUCAAUCUGUGCAAAGUCAAAGUCAACAAUUCAUCUCUUCGAGCAGCUUCGUCGAAAGUUCAUCGACGAGCGAAGGUCACAGCGGAGAUCACGUUCCCAUAAUUCAAACCUCGUCACGAGCGACCGAGAGUACUCGCGCAAAUUCCGAAACGUGCGAGAUGGUGACAAAAGAUGGCCAGACAGUGUCAAGUAGAACGAGAAUUCGCGAGACGGGAGAGAGAAUCGACGACAACGGCAGGGAGAUAUCCACGUCGAGUCGGGAAGUCGAUCGUACAAUCACACCUUCCAACAUGACUGUCAAAGGUGUCGACGAGACCCUCGAUAAGAGUUCGCGCGAUUCGAAAUCGAACAUCGAGGUAUCGAAUCGCUGUUACAAGCCCGGCCAAUCCGCGUGGGAUGGCACGUUUGUCUACGAGAAGCCCGUCACUCCCAGAGGCAAGAAUGUCAGCGACAAAACGGUAUCCGUGAGUUCAAAAGUUCACGGCGACAGCGAAACAAGCGUUAAAGUCAAUCAAGAGACCUCCGCCACCGAGGAGGUUAUCAACCAGAUUUCGAGCUCGACCGUGAUACGAGAUUCAAAAACGGUCAUCGACGAAGAUCAGCUUUCCACGACGACUCGUCUUCGCGAUAACGCGUCGGAGAAAAUCGUCGCGGACACGACGGAUUUUGCCGGCAAAGAGAGACCCUCGAAGGGACCGGUUCGUACUUUGAAACUCGGCAAUUCCUCGUGGGACGAAAAGUUCGUCGCGGAGAAAAUUACGGCGCAGCCAAGACGACGUACCGCCGAUUCUGACGUCACAACAUUCCGCGGCGAUAACGUCGUGGAAACGAGCGAGAGAAGAGAUUUUCGCGAGAAGAGCGUGGACGGUACAUACGAAAAGAAAUCAUCCGAGAGUGUACGCGUCGUAAAGGGCGCCACUGAUAGCAAAUUCAUUUCCGAAGAGCGACGUGACGUAAGCAAAGAGAGUUCGACUCGUAUCGACGAUGCAUCGCCAGGCAGAGAAGGACAUCCUACUCGCGUAUCCAGUCCGUCUCAUCGAAGAGUCGGCAAACUCGGCGAUUCCGCGUGGAAUGGUGAAUUUGUUUACGAAAAGGCAGGUCAAGACGACACGAGAAAGCGCUCUCCCGCGGAUGUCACCGUCGUUCGACGAACGGAGAAGCAUCACGACACUGUGGACGUUCAAGAUGUCACCGAAGAGCAGAACACUUCCAACGUAUCCGAGUCGGUCUCCGCUUCUUACAUCGUCGAAUACGCGAUCUCCAAUGACAAGAAGAACGUCGAGAAGGUCACGUCGGUGUCCGAGGUGAUCCUGGAGGAAGAUGCUGAGGAUAGAACGACGCGUGGUCCAGGUAGCCCUGAGAGACAAUCGAAACGAGAUGCGGGUUCACGUUGCUAUAAACCUGGCCAGUCCACCUGGGACGGUACUUUCGUCUACGAGCGACCGCAGACGCCUGAUAGCAGGUGUCGAAAGCCGGAGGACAGGCGUUCAAUAAAGACCAUCGAUAUUCGGGAUGUUACGGGAGAUAACUCGAUCAACGAAGCCGAUGUCACCAGUACCUCUUACAUCGUGGAACAUUCCUCGAGUCAGCAGAGCUUCUCGGACGUCAGAGACGCCAGUCUCACAUCCACGAUUUACGAGACAGUCGUGUACGAGGGUCGUCCUGUGGAAAUGACUAUUCGAUUCGAUAAAGAUUCGCCUCGAAGCCAGGUUUCGAACGUCAAGGAACGCCAGUCUAGUCCCUCUCCGCGUCUUACGAGUCCCGAGAAGAUAUCUAAAGAUAGAGAUCUGCGGAGUACCAAAUCCGGAUCGUCUACGUGGGACGGAACGUUUGUGCUAGAGAAAUCGCCAGAGAAGAAAAGACCGCCUAGCAGAGAAUCCACUGACGGUAGAAUAUCGGAGAAGUCUAGUCCGGUUGACAGCAAAGGAACAUCCGUGGAUAAGUCGAAGAAACAUAUCAGCGAUACCACCAUCGAACUUCGAAAUGUCACGCAGGAUGUUUCAAGCACGUCGGAGAUCGUGGAGAGUUCCGUCAUUAUGGAACAAUCGAAAAUGCACGAAUCUUAUACGGAUUCAUCGAAUCUUGAUUUCUCGACGACUUCCGUCGAAACUGUCAUCAUUCGCGACGGCCAACCAGUAACGACGCAGAAAACGGUGACCACUAUUCAAGAAGGGCCGGCAAAGAGAUUAUUUGCUGAUGACGUAAUCACCGAUGUUAAGGAGAUUACUUUUAAAAGUCCAGAGAAGAAGAAAGAGCCUCGAACGGACGACAAAAGUUAUCGGCCUACGAAACCAGGUUCGUCGACGUGGGAUGGAUCUUUCGUGUACGAGAAGUCGGAGGAGAAGAGAAAGACACCGAAAGAUACGCGGAUUGAAACUGAUAGACGUAGCCCGACUAAAGAAAGGCCGACUAAGGUUACGGAUCACAAAACAGUUACGAUAUUAGAUACAUCCAAGAGAUAAACGAGCGUUGCUGAUUAUUCUACGAGCUCCACCACUGUCGAACAAACCUUUGUCACCGAUUCAAAGACAUAUGAUGUAUCGAAAACUUUCAUUGAAGAUAGCACAGAGGAUAAAGUGCACGCGUUCGAUCAGAGAUCGAGACAGCCUGUCGACGAGAAGCCGAAACCAUCUCCGCGACAGCGUCCGGAGGAUGCUAAGAGGCCGAGAGAUGAAUCGAAAAAGAGUCCGGAUAGAGCAUAUCGACCUUCAAAGCCAGGCGCUUCCACUUGGGACGGAUCUUUCGUAUAUGAAAAACCACAAGAGAAACCGGGAGAUAGGAAGGCAGCGAAAGAGACUCUCGAAAUUGUGGAUAAGCGGAGUCCGAUUAAAGAAAGACCGAGUGAUGUCACUGAUUAUAAAACGUCUAUCACGAUAUUGGAUACUUCGAAAGAUGUAACAAGCGCUGAUUAUUCUACGAGCUCUACCACCCUCGAACAAACCUUCGUCACCGAUUCAAAGACAUAUGACGUAUCGAAAACCUUCGUCGAAGAGAGCACAGAGGAUAAAGUGCACACAAUCGAUUACGAGAGAUCGAGACAGCCUAAACCGUCUCCGCGACAGCGUCCAGAGGAUGCAAAGAAGCCGAGAGAUGAAGAACCGCGGAAGAGUCCGGAUAGAACAUAUCGACCUAUGAAGCCAGGCGCCUCCACGUGGGACGGUUCUUUCGUGUAUGAGAAACCGCAAGAUUCGCGAAAGCAAGCAACAGGAGAAGCGAUCGAGGUGCCGAGAAAAUCGCCAGGUAAGAAACCGGCCUCGACUCCGAUCUCCCGUAAAGAGCCGGAUGAGAAGACUCCGCGGCUGGAUGUCAUCGGGACUCGAUAUGUCGAAGACGUCACUGAUAUCACGCGCACGUCCGAAGCGAUGCAGCGAUCCUCUUACGUAAUCGAUCAGUCUUCAAGUUUUACUUCCGUGCAAGAUGAGCGCGUCAUCACUGAAUUUACUACCAACGCGCGCAAGGAUGUGAGAGAUGUCACCGAGUCAACGAAGGAAUUCAUUGACAAAGAGCAGGUGACUAGCAUGGUAGCGCGAGAUGUCGUCGAUAAUACCAGAUUCAAUGCGGAUACCGGCUCGGUACCCCAAUCUCCAGCGAGUUCCACGAAGAAGCCGUCGCCGGAACGACCUGGCUAUCCUCGCGGAAUACCUGGACUUAGGAAGGACGAUCGACCAAAACCAAUUCCCGCGGCUGGGAAGCCCAGUCGACCUUCGCAGCGCGAAAAGAGUCCUCAGCGACCGGCAGAACACGACAGACCUUCUAAGGUCCGACCUAAGUCACCUGAGAAGCUUCGUGAUUAUACAUCGCCGACCAGAAAGCCACAACCAGCAGCCGGCAAGCCAAGUCGACCUGCGGAAAAGCCCGAAAAGCCAACGAAACCAGAACAAGAUGACAAGCCGAAACGAGGGGAUCAGAUUCCAGAUUCUCUCGACAAGGACGCAGAACGCCCUAGACCGAUACCGGAUAUACUAUCGAAAAUCCCCUUGAAGGAACAAUGUAUUUGCGAGCUUUGCACUUGCGGACGUCAUCGCUGCCCGCACAACUUGCCUCAAGAACAGUUCGAGUUUUAUUACGAAGAGCCGGUGCAUACUGUAACUUCCUAUCGCCAGGAUUAUGAUGAAAAACAUGUGGAGAAACAAACGAAAUUUUAUCAUGAGGAUCAUCUGCAUACAGAGGGCGAAUUUAUUGGACAAAGGCGAACCGAUUAUGUUGCUACUAAAGGCGAGAGAGCGCUAGUCAAAAAACCGCAAGACCAUCUCAAACCCGAGGGUGAAUUCGUCAAAAGACCGAAAGAGGAAGCACCUACGAAAGGUGAGAGGGCACCUGUGAGAAAGCCAGAGGCUAGCUUGAAACUCGAAGGAGAUUUUGACACUAUAACAACAACGGAGCUAGUCUUUACUGGUACUCCCGGUGAACGACCUAUCCCGAUACGUCGCAAUACUUAUACAAAGAUAGAGGGUGAUUUCAUUGAUGAAACGACGACACGGUCUCAAUAUAUCGAUCAUCGUAGUAUUCAACGUGCUAAGAUAAUCAAACGAACGGAUAAUCUUACUGUAGGAGAGGGUGAAUUCACGGGUACCUCUCAUAUAAAGGAGGAUUUCCAGACUCAUAUUAUCGAGCGUGAACCUCAGUUACGACCAAAAUACCCUGAAGACAUCGAUCGAUUCUACAGCAAGACCGAUAUCACAGACAGCAUUACGACCACCCAAGAACAAUAUCGGACUUUCGAUCAGGCCGAUUACAAAAGCACUACUGUUGUUAGAAAAGCUGAUAAUCUGAGACCUGAAGGACCCUUCGAAGCAUUGCCUCAUACGAAAGAUGAUUACAUUGCACCGAUAUUGCCACGCAGGCCGGAAUUACAAAAACCUAAAGAUAAUUUAAGAUCCGAAGGACCAUUUGAAGGACGUCCUAAGGAUGAUUUUACACCAACCAGAGGAGAACGCGCGGAUGUUAAACGCCCGGAGGAUAAUUUACGGCCAGAAGGACCAUUCGAAGGACGACCUAAAGAUGAUUAUUCACCUAAACGCGGAGAACGCUUUGAAGUAAAACGACCAGAGGAUAACUUACGUCCCGAAGGACCAUUUGAAGGUCGACCUAAGGACGAUUAUCGACCAACUAAAGGCGAACGAGCUGAUGUUAAACGUCCUCAAGAUAAUUUAAAACCAGAGGGACCAUUCGUAGGACGUCCUAAGGAUGAUUAUACGCCAACUAGAGGAGAACGCGCGGAUGUUAAACGCCCAGAGGAUAAUUUACGGCCAGAAGGUCCUUUUGAAGGUCGACCGAAAGAUGAUUACAAACCUACUAGAGGCGAACGCGCUGAUGUUAAACGGCCUGAAGAUAACUUGAGGCCAGAAGGACCAUUCGAAGGACGACCUAAAGAUGAUUAUUCACCUAAACGCGGAGAACGUCCUGAAGUAAAACGACCAGAAGAUAACUUACGUCCCGAAGGACCAUUUGAAGGUCGACCUAAGGAUGAUUAUCGGCCAACUAAAGGCGAACGAGCUGACGUAAAGCGACCGAAGGAUAAUUUACGGCCUGAGGGUGAUUUUAUAGAUCGUCCCAAGGAGCAAUAUACACCUGGUGAGAAACGUACGCCUAUUAAACAUGCGGAUAAUUUGUAUCCCGAAGGCGACUUUGAAAGACCUGAACCCAUACCUUAUGGUCCUGGUGACAGAGCGUCUGUCGUGCGUCAUCCAGAUAAUCUGUUUCCAAUAGGAGAAUUUCCAGACAGAAAAGUCGAGCCGUUUAAACCAGCUGAACGUAGAACUCCUUUUAAAUACAAUGAUAAUCUUCGUCCAGAGGGUGAUUUCACUGGAAGACCUAGGGAUGAUUAUAGGCCAACCAGAGGAGAACGUGUGGACGUCAAGAAACCGGAAGAUAAUCUGAAACCGGAAGGACCAUUUGAAGGCCGACCAAAGGACGAUUAUAGUCCCAAGAUAGCCGAGCGCCCAGAAAUCAAAAAACCAAAAGAUAAUUUAAAACCAGAAGGAUCUUUUGAAGCUCUACGACCUAAAGAUGACUACAAGCCAACUAGAGGUGAACGUGCUGAUGUUAAACGUCCCGAAGACAAUCUGAAACCAGAAGGACCUUUCGAAGGACGACCAAAAGAUGAUUUCAGACCGACGAAAGGAGAACGUGCAGAUGUUCGGCGUCCGGAAGACAACUUACGACCUGAAGGACCGUUCGAGGGUCGUCCAAAAGAUGAUUAUUCGCCCAAACGUGCUGAACGUCCCGAGGUAAAACGUCCAGAAGACAAUCUACGUCCUGAAGGCGACUUCGAAAGACCAGAUAAAACACCUAUCAGUCCAGCAGAGAGGCGCACUCCCAUCAAACAUUCGGAUAAUCUAAAACCCGAAGGCGAAUUUGAACGACCUCGUCCGGAUGAUUAUCGUCCGGCAGAGAGGCCAAAAGUUAAGAAGCCAAUAGAUAAUUUGAAGCCUGAAGGUGAGUUUGAAAGACCUCGUCCUGAAAAAUAUGCUCCAGCUGAAAAACGAACGCCAGUGAAACAUCCGGAUAAUCUUAAACCGGAAGGUAAAUUUGUUGGUAGACCGAAAGAAGAUUUCACGCCCACGAAAGGCGAUCGCGCAGAUGUUAAAAAACCAGAAGAUAAUUUGCGACCGGAAGGACCUUUCGAAGGACGGCCGAAAGAUGAUUACCGACCGGUGCGAGGAGAACGCAUGGACAUUGUUAAACGUACCGAUAAUUUGCGCAUGGAAGGAGAUAUAGAAACAUAUAGAUCGAGAGAUGAAUAUACUGAUUUCUUGAUUCGCGAAAAAACCGAGAUUACUAAAUAUCAAGAUAACUUACGUAUGGAGGGAGAAUUCAUCGAUAUGAGAACGCGAGACGAUUUCAAAGUCGUUAAAGGCGAACGCGUAGACGUUGUGAAGCACCGUGAUAAUUUAAAACCAGAAGGACCUUUCGAAGGACGACCGAAAGACGAUUACAAGCCGACGAAAGGAGAGCGUGCAGAUGUUCGGCGUCCGGAAGACAACUUACGACCAGAAGGACCGUUCGAGGGUCGUCCAAAGGAUGAUUAUUCGCCCAAACGCGCUGAACGUCCCGAGGUAAAACGUCCGCAAGACAAUCUACAUCCUGAAGGCGACUUUGAAAGACCAGAUAAAACACCUAUUGGUCCAGCAGAAAGACGCACUCCCAUCAAACAUUCAGAUAAUCUAAAACCCGAAGGCGAAUUUGAACGACCUCGUCCGGAUGGUUAUCGUCCGGCAGAGAGGCCAGAAAUUAAGAAGCCAAUAGAUAAUUUGAAGCCUGAAGGUGAGUUUGAAAGACCUCGUCCCGAAAAAUAUGCUCCAGCUGAAAAACGAACGCCAGUGAAACAUCCGGAUAAUCUUAAACCGGAAGGUGAAUUUGUUGGUAGACCGAAAGAUUUCACGCCUACGAAAGGUGAUCGCGCAGAUGUUAAAAGACCAGAAGAUAAUUUGCGACCAGAAGGACCUUUCGAAGGACGACCGAAAGAUGAUUACAAGCCGACGAAAGGAGAGCGUGCAGAUGUUCGGCGUCCGGAAGACAACUUACGACCUGAAGGACCGUUCGAGGGUCGUCCAAAGGAUGAUUAUUCACCUAAACGCGCUGAACGUCCCGAGGUAAAACGUCCAGAAGACAAUCUACGUCCUGAAGGCGACUUCGAAAGACCAGAUAAAACACCUAUCGGUCCAGCAGAAAGGCGCACUCCCAUCAAACAUUCGGAUAAUCUAAAACCCGAAGGCGAAUUUGAACGACCUCGUCCGGAUGGUUAUCGUCCGGCAGAGAGGCCAGAAGUUAAGAAGCCAAUAGAUAAUUUGAAGCCUGAAGGUGAGUUUGAAAGACCUCGUCCUGAAAAAUAUGCUCCAGCUGAAAAACGAACGCCAGUGAAACAUCCGGAUAAUCUUAAACCGGAAGGUGAAUUCGUUGGUAGACCGAAAGAAGAUUUUACGCCCACGAAAGGUGAUCGCGCAGAUGUUAAAAGACCAGAAGAUAAUUUGCGACCGGAAGGACCUUUCGAAGGACGGCCGAAAGAUGAUUACCGACCGGUACGAGGAGAACGCAUGGAUAUUGUUAAGCGUACCGAUAAUUUGCGCAUGGAAGGAGAUAUAGAAACAUAUAGAUCGAGAGAUGAAUAUACUGAUUUCUUGAUUCGCGAGAAAACCGAGAUUACUAAAUAUCAAGAUAACUUACGUAUGGAGGGUGAAUUCAUCGAUAUGAGAACGCGAGACGAUUUCAAAGUCGUUAAAGGCGAACGCGUAGACGUUGUUAAGCACCGUGAUAAUUUAAAACCAGAAGGUCCGUUUGAAGGCCGUCCGAAGGACGACUUCUCGCCCAAAAAAGCAGAAAGACCUGAAAUUAAAAAACCAAAAGAUAAUUUAAAACCAGAAGGCGAUUUUGUACGCCGACUCAAGGAGGAAGCACCGAAAAAAGGUGAGAGAGCUGAUGUCAAAAAACCGAAAGAUAGUUUACGACCAGAAGGAGACUUUGAGAGACCCGAGAAAGCUCCUAUUGGCCCAGCAGAGAGGCGUUCUCCGAUUAAACAUGCUGAUAAUUUGAAACCGGAAGGCGAGUUCGAGAGACCUAAACCUGAAGAAUUUAAACCCGCGGAGAAACCAAUUGUAAAGAAACCGCAUGAUAACUUGAAACCGGAAGGCGAAUUUAUCUCUAGACCAAAAGAAGAAGCGCCGAAAAAAGGUGAUAGAGCUGAUAUUAAGAAACCGAAAGAUAAUCUUAUGCCCGAGGGUAAUUUUGAAAGACCGGAGAAAAAACCAAUUGGUCCCGCUGAGAGACGUUCUCCGAUUAAACAUCCGGAUAAUUUGAAACAGGAAGGAGAGUUUGAACGGCCGAAACACGAAGGAUAUCAUCCAGCAGAAAGACCUCAAGUAAAGAAACCAUCAGACAAUUUAUAUCCGGAAGGUGAUUUCGAAAGGCCGGAGAAAAAGCCACUUGGUCCAGUGGAAAGGAGAACUCCGAUCAAGCAUGCUGACAACUUGAAGCCAGAAGGUGAAUUUGUAGGCAAGCCUAAGAAAGAAGCUCCAAAGAGGGGAGAUAGAGCAGAUGUUAAAAAACCUGAAGACAAUCUUAAGCCUGAAGGAGACUUUGAGAGACCCGAAAAAUCUCCAAUUAAACCGGCCGAGCGACGAACGCCUAUUAAACAUCCUGAUAAUUUGCGGCCUGAGGGUGAGUUUGAAAAACGUCCAAAGGAAAAGACGCCUCUCAAAGGCGAAAGAGCAGAUAUUACGAAACCGAAAGACAAUUUGCGAUCGGAAGGUGAAUUUGAAAGGCCUCAGAAAUCACCAAUCGGACCAGCAGAACGGCGGACGCCAAUUCGACACGGCGACAAUCUCUAUCCGGAGGGUGAAUUUGUUGGACGACCAAAGGAUGAUUUUACUCCCAAACGGGCUGAUCGACCGAUACAGAAGAAGCCCAAGGACAACUUGAAGCCUGAAGGAGAAUUCGUAGGUAAACCGAAAGACGAUUAUAAGCCGACUAAAGGAGAGAGAACCGAGAUCGUGAUACAUCGAGACAACUUGAAGAUGGAAGGCGACAUAGAUAUUUACCGAUCACGAGACGAUUACGUCACCACGUCUAAACGUGAGCGCGUAGACGUUGUUCAUCGCGAGGAUAAUUUGAAGAUUGAAGGCGAAUUUGUCGAUAUUCAGCGACGAGAUGAUUAUCGAGUUACGCGUGGUGAACGCAGCGAAAUUAUCAGACAUGAAGAUAAUCUUCGUCCCGAAGGUGAUUUUGUGCGUGAACGUCCGGAAAAGGUACCGAUAGGUCCAGCCGAGAAAAGAUCUCCCAUCAAACAUCCUGAUAAUUUGAAACCAGAAGGUGAUUUUGUGCAGCGGCCAAAGGAACACGCGCCUACUAGAGGUGACCGAGCGAUCGUUAAGAAACCCAAGGAUAAUUUGAAGUCCGAGGGUGAUUUUGAGAGACCAACGAAGUCGCCUAUUGGUCCCGCUGAACGGCGAUCACCCAUCAAGCAUCCCGAUAACCUUUAUCCGGAAGGCGAAUUUGCCGGUCGUCCAAAGAAAGACACGCCAUUGAAGGGUGACCGAGCGGAUGUGAAGAAGCCGAAGGAUAAUCUUCAUCUCAAAGGAGAAUUUGCGAAACGUACACCGAAGAAGGUAGAGCCAGCCGAACGAAGAACGCCGAUCAAACACGAGGACAAUCUAUAUCCCGAGGGAGACUUUUAUAUGGUGCCUAAGGACGAUUUUACUCCGAAGAGAAGCGAUCGUUCGCCGGUCAAGAAACCCCAAGACAAUCUUCGUCCCGAAGGUGAGAUGAAGAUGUCCCCGAAGGACGAUUACAAGUACGUAAAUGGAGAACGCGUGGAAGUGUGUCGACAUGAAGAUCACUUACGUAUGGAGGGACAAAUGGAUAUUCAUCGUUCGAGAGAUGAUUAUAAGAAAAUUACGAAAAUGGAAAAAGUGGAUGUUAAGAGACACGAGGAUAAUCUCAAAAUGGAAGGCGAAUUUAUCGAUGUGCGUCGCAAAGACGAUUAUGUACACGUGAUUGGUGAACGCGUGCCAAUUAAAAAACAUUCGGACAAUCUUCAUCCGGAAGGAGAUUUCGACAGACCCCAGAAAACUGUGGUCGGUCCCGGAGAAAGAAGAUCGCCUAUCAAACAUCCGGAUAAUCUAAAGCCGGAAGGUGAUUUCGAACGUAGAAUCACGGAUAAAAUUGGUCCCGGUGAACGACGAUCGCCGAUUCGUCACGCUGACAAUUUGAAGCCCGAAGGAGACUUUAUCGGACGCUCGCGCGAUGAAUUCAUCCCCAAAAGAGCAGAAAGGAUUGAAAUUGUCAAGAAAGAAGAUAAUUUAAAAAUGACGGGCGAUUUCGAAGAUACAACGUCUCAUAGAUCGACCUACAGGGUCGUGCGUGGCGAACGCGCGGACAUAAGGUCGCACGAGGAUAACUUGAAAAUCAGCUCCGGCACUAUGGAAACGAAAACAACUAACAGUGAUGCUUACACACCUUCUAAACCUUCUCCCGCUGAUAAGACGGUGAAUCGUCGAAGGCAUAUGGAAUCAUCUAUCUCGCUUGGUGACGACACUAGUGUGAUGACUACGACGAAUCGACGUAACUACAAUACUUAUACGAAGCGUACAGGAAAAGAUAUUGCUACUAAGAUGAGUCAGAUCGAGUCCGAUGCAAGAAAAACCGUAGAAUCACAAACUCUGACAGAUGGAACAGUUAUUACAACUGUAAAACGUACCACGACUUCGGCUCAGUCCGAUCAAAGAGUCGCCAAUGCUCACCAUACUGCCACUCAUCAACAACAAACACAACGUGUUACCGAUCAUCGUACCAUCCAACCGAUCGAAGAAUCCUCAUCUGGACCUGUGGACUCGCGGAAAACGAUAUCCAGUCAGCAUCACGAACAGCAUCAGAGAAUGCAUUUAAGCGAGCAACAUCUGCGAUCGCAAAACGUAGCACAGACUCGUCGAACGAUCGAGGACAGAUCGAUCACGGAAGGACUGAAUCAUCGAGGACAGAUCGUACGAGGAGAAGAUACGUCUCGUCACGUGAUCGACGUCGGCGAACAUCACCACAGACACCAACAUCAGCACCAUCAGCACCAACAUCAACACGUCGAGCGUCAUCAUCAAGAAUUGAGUAAGCGCGAUUACGUGAACACACAACACAUGGAAAGUCGGCAGAGAUCUGCGAGGCAGCAGCAUGAGCAGCACACCAUCUCCAGUCAGGCGCGAUACAAUACGAGCAGUCCGGAAUUCCGGCAGACGAUCAACGGGCAAACGAUCGUGGAACGAUCGCAUGUCGAUUCGGCCAAGAAGAUCGGUCAUCAUCGCAAGAAUGUGAUAUCCUCGGCGACCGACGUCAGCAAUGCGGUACUUUAUCGCAGUGGUGGAGUCACUACGUCCAGCGAGGCGCUUCACACGACCUCGUCGACAGCAGCGGAUCAACGAAAGAGUAUUUCGAAUCUAGCCGAGAGCGGACAGUACAUCAGCAACUCGAGCCACAGCAGCGACAGACACAGCUUGACCUCGCUACAUCGCAGUUCAAAGGAGAUCAAUCCUUGGGCCUCCUCCAGCUACGAACGCCCACAGAGAAUCGUGCGACAUGACAACCUGACUGUCGGCGGAAAGUUCUAUUCGCAGAGCGAAGCGAAGAGCUACGGCAAUUUCUCGCAGAGCUCUCAGAAAGUGGAACGGGUGCAGAGACAAGCGAAUGCAUCUCACAUUAAUUUAGGCGACGGUAGUACCGUCAGUUCUAGCAUGUACAAGAGGGAAUACGUUCCUAGACAUAGGGGACCGUGUCCAGCCGCUCUUCUAGAAGCAAAACAGGCGCCCUUCAAGCAUACCAGAGACACGCAAAAACACAAGUUUUACUUGCCCGUUAUAUCUAACUAAAUUGGACUUAUCAACUUAUCAAAAUUUCACGUUUUAUUGAUGUAUUUUCCAAACAUAUUAUGCUUAUAUGAUUUUUUGCAAAAAAUGGUUUAUGGUGAUAUUUAUACAUAAUAUAA